AGUUCUUUUAACAUAAUGUCUGCGCCUGUGCUGAAACUCGAAACCAUGGAAGAUGAUUCUGAUUCUGAUUGGAGUGAGGAUGAGCAUAGUGGAAAUGAGGACAAACAAGCCGCCGAUCCAGAAUUACAAAUAAUGGCUGCAAUAAGGAAUGAGUUGUCAGAAGUUACUUUUGAAGAACUUCAAAAGCUAAAAGAAAGGGUUGGAACAAAAGUUUAUAAAGAAGCCAUACUUGGUAAAAAUAAGACGACAGUGGCAGAAGCAAGGAAGAAAAAAUUCAAACGAGACAACAAGAACAGACCAAGAGAAAUGUCUUCCAAAAUUCCAGUCUCAAGAUAUCGUGAAAUCAUUCCAGUCAAAAAACAGGUCCAGCGAGAUCCUAGAUUUGAUGAUCUAUCUGGGCAAUACAAAGAGGAAGUUUUUAACAAAAGAUACGACUUUCUUAAAGAUAUCAAAAUGGGCGAAAAAAAGCUGGUUGAAAAGAAGUUGAGAAAGACGAAGAGUACCACCAGGAAGGAAGAAUUAAAAGCCCUUAUGCAGAGAAUGAAAGAUGAUGAGAGAUCCCAGAAACAAAGAGAGCAAAUAAGAGCAAGGGAGAUGGAACAUAAACAGAAAAUCAAAGGAUAUGUAAAAGAAGGAAAAAAUCCUUACUUUUUGAAGAAAUGUAACGGACAAGAAGAAACUAGAAUUAGCAGAAAGAUACAACAAUCUUAAAAAGAAAGGACAGCUUGACAAAUAUUUGGCCAAGAAGAGAAAAAGGAACGCUCAUAAGGAUAAAAAACAUUUACCAACAAGAAGAUCCCUGCCUGAUGAUAGAUGAUGAAAUUUGACAACUUGAUAACAUACUCACAAACUACACAUUAUUAGGGUUUGACACAUCUGUAAGCCAGCCAUAUUCUCAAAUUUCAAUAACUUUGUCUGUGGAAUUGUGCAUCUGUAGCUUAUUAUGAAUAUACCAAUUGUGAGUGGGAAAAUAUUGAUUGAAAUUGAGCCAAUAUAAUAGGUAGGAAUAAGUGCUGGCGUUGUAUGUUAUAGGUGUGUACAAUACAUUGUUUACAUAUACUGUUUUCGCCUUUCCAUGUGUGUUCAUACCAUGAGACAUUACUGUAUAAUAUUUAUUGCUCGAAAAUAAAAAUCAUAAAUUCUGGCAAUUUUAAUGAAAACA